CCCUCUCCAGAGAGCUACGCGGCGGCGGAGCGCAGGCCUCGUGCCGUAACGGCCAUCCCGGCGGCGUCCCGGUGCCCUCCUCAAUUGACUGGAGCCGCCUGGGCACGGCAGAGGGAAGGUGAGACGGCCUUGCCGGCGGGCAGACACACACAGCCCUUCCGUCCCCCGUCGGUGCACACCGCCUGGUCUCGCUUCCUCUUCCCCGGCGAAGUUAGCCCCGGGGGCGCCGUCUGCCGGCGCGGAGCUGAGCCGGAGGGGGCGGGGAGGCCGCUCGGCGGAGGCUGGGCGUCUGCGCCGCGGCUCGGGGCGACCCCGCGGCCUCCCUCCUGCUCCCGGAACGCCGCCCCUGCGAGGCUGGAAGGUCGAGCGCGCCGUGCGCUGCCUCCGUGUCCUCCUGAUAAAGUCUUGUGGCCAGCUCUGGCGUCAUCCGAGGCCGGGAAGUGCUAAAGCUGCUAAAAGAUGGCAGAAGAAGUGGUAGUAGUAGCCAAAUUUGAUUAUGUGGCCCAGCAAGAACAAGAGUUGGACAUCAAGAAGAAUGAGAGAUUAUGGCUUCUGGAUGAUUCUAAAUCCUGGUGGAGAGUUCGGAAUUCCAUGAAUAAAACAGGUUUUGUGCCUUCUAAUUAUGUGGAAAGGAAAAACAGUGCUCGGAAAGCAUCUAUUGUAAAAAACCUAAAAGAUACUUUAGGCAUUGGAAAAGUGAAAAGAAAACCUAGUGUUCCAGAUUCUGCGUCUCCUGCUGAUGAUAGCUUUGUUGACCCAGGGGAACGUCUCUAUGACCUCAACAUGCCUGCCUAUGUGAAAUUUAACUACAUGGCUGAGAGAGAGGAUGAAUUAUCAUUGAUAAAAGGAACGAAGGUGAUCGUCAUGGAGAAAUGCAGUGAUGGGUGGUGGCGGGGUAGCUACAACGGACAAAUUGGAUGGUUCCCUUCAAACUAUGUAACUGAAGAAGGCGACAGUCCCUUGGGUGACCAUGUGGGUUCUCUGUCAGAGAAAUUAGCAGCAGUUGUCAAUAACUUAAAUAGUGGACAAGUGUUGCAUGUGGUCCAGGCUCUUUACCCAUUCAGCUCAUCUAAUGAUGAAGAACUUAAUUUUGAGAAAGGUGAUGUAAUGGAUGUUAUUGAAAAACCAGAAAAUGACCCAGAAUGGUGGAAAUGCAGGAAGAUCAAUGGAAUGGUUGGUCUGGUACCAAAAAACUAUGUUACCAUUAUGCAGAAUAAUCCAUUAACCUCAGGUUUGGAGCCAUCACCUCCACAGUGUGAUUACAUUAGGCCUUCACUCACUGGAAAGUUUGCUGGCAAUCCUUGGUAUUAUGGCAAAGUCACCAGGCAUCAAGCAGAAAUGGCAUUAAAUGAAAGAGGGCAUGAAGGGGAUUUCCUCAUUCGUGAUAGUGAAUCUUCGCCAAAUGAUUUCUCAGUAUCACUAAAAGCACAAGGAAAAAAUAAGCAUUUUAAAGUCCAACUAAAAGAGACUGUCUACUGCAUUGGGCAGCGUAAAUUUAGCACCAUGGAAGAACUCGUAGAACAUUACAAAAAGGCACCAAUUUUUACAAGUGAACAAGGAGAAAAAUUAUAUCUUGUCAAGCAUUUAUCAUGAUAUUGCUGAUCAGAAGUGACUGCUCUACAGCUUUAAUUCAUCAUAUAAUUGAAGACUGAGAAGUGUCAGUCCAAUCAUGCUUGAUUGGAAAUUGCUGUUUCUAACUCUGAGAAUUGACUAUAAUACAUAAGUAUUUUUAUUAUAACUCAGCCCAUACAUAUAUACUAUGUAUGCAAUGCAUCUGCAUAGAACAGUUCUUAUCCUUGGUCUUCUAUUUUACUGUUUUCUUCUUUGCUGUUUUUCUCUUUGCUUCUAAUAUUAAGAUUUUGUAUUUUGAAAAAAAGGAGUAAUACAGAUCAGAAGUCUUUAUAUGGACGAUUUCCUUUAUUCCCAUUCCUUGAUUUCCUUGUAAAGGCACCCCAUUAGUUCUGCCAUGGUUUCUCUUCACAUAAAAUUAUAUCUAUAUAUGGCAUAUGCUAAAAUAAAUUUCUUGGAGAGUGUUAAUCUUUUCUGUGACUAAAUAGCAAUAAUAAAUGGAAAAUUAGAAAUUAUUUUCAGGUAUGUAUUUGUCACAAGCCAUUGUAAAUAUCAAGUAUGUUGUGUAUGCCAUUAUUUUUAAAAGUUCAUUCGUUGUCUUCACUGUACUAUGAAAUAGAUGGGGCAUGGGUUAGAAACAUCUUAAUGUAAUUUUAAUUUACAAUUGUUGAAACAAAAAUCACUGAAGUCUUAAGAAUUUUCUUUGAUUUUUUUUUUCUUGUUCUUCAAGAGAACAAAGCAGUCUCUGAGAUAUUGAGCUUUUAAAACUGUAAAUGGAUACUCUAGUGUUACUUUUUUUCCCCUAAUGUUACUUUACCAAAGCAUCUUGUAUUAGAACAUGUUAUAUUGAUGCCAGUGUGAAAUAAAUUAUGAACAAGUUUUGGGGAAAUAGGAGACAAUAAGAGA